UACAUUUUUUUAUAUUUUCAAAUUUGUUCGUUAUGCUCUGAAAAAUUAUUUGUAAAUUAAUUCCUAAAUUAUUAGGAAAUGGUAUUUGAAUCGUACCUAUACCAUCGCAUGCCAAGGUACAUGCCUAAUUCCCUACUUAUCUACAAAUAGGUAAGGAUUAAGGUUAUACCAGGCUAUCUUUUGGCCAAAUUUUGCUGUCAGUUUUUUAAAAAUUGAUUUGUUGUAAUCUCAAAUCAUCACGUCCGUUAAUUUUCUCUUUUCAGUGUACACCUCAUAAUUAGUUGUUUUAAGCACGUUGGUAAAUAGUUAAAUAAAAUUUGUAUUAAUUUUUAAAGGACAAUGAGCCAAAACAAAGCAGUGGACGUCGAAAGGCGAAUCGAUGAUUUUUUAAUGGACUAUGAGUGCUGCAAGCAGUCAGACUCUCUCGUUUUGGAAGCAGUAAAAGUGUUCUCCGACGUUAUUAAUUAUUCCAAAUGGGAAACGGCCAGUGAGCUGCUGGACAUGGUGAAGAAAAACGGAAGGAAGAUAAUGAAGCAGAUGCCGAUGGAAUCAUCCGUAGGUAAUAUCGUAAGGAGAAUACUUAAAAUAAUAAGAGAAGAGUAUAUGUCUUUGGACAAGAACAAGCAGGACGAGACUUACGAGGAGUCCCUUCAUAAGAUUGUAACGAGCGAAGGUAACAGUGACGACUACAGUAAGGUAUUACCGAGGCUAGGACCGGCCAUCGUAGACCAUCUAAAUGAGUUGGAAUUAGAAGUGGAAACCAGUUCAGAAAAUAUUUCACAGCAGGCUGUCGAACAUAUACAUUCAAAUGAGAUCAUAAUGACCCUGGGGAUGUCUGACACUGUGUUAAAAUUCCUCAAAGAAGCUGCAAAGAAGAGAAAGUUUGAAGUGAUUGUCUCAUCCACAGAGCCGUCCAAGGAUGGGAAUUGCAUGGCGCUCAAGCUCUCGAAGCUGAAAAUACGCACCACCCUUAUACCGGAUUCCGCGAUAUUUGGUAUAAUGUCGAGAGUGAACAAGGUGAUAAUCGGGACGCACACGGUCAUGGCGGACGGAGGGCUGAGGUCGUCUUGCGGUACUCGGCUUGUCGCCUUGGCUGCGACGCAUUACUCCGUUCCUGUCCUUGUACUGGCACCCCUGUAUCAACUCUCGCCUAAGUAUUACUGCUCCCCUGAACAGAACAGUUUUAAUAGUUUUAUAUCGCCUGAAGGUGUUCUCGCGUAUUCGGAUGGUGACUUGCUUACGAAAGUCCAUACAUACAAUCCUCGUUAUGAUUAUGUACCACCAGAUUUGGUCACUCUCUUCAUAUCGAACAGUGGAGGUCAUGCCCCAUCAUACGUCUAUAGGCACCUCAGUGAGUUGUAUCAUCCAGAAGACUCUGAACUUUGAUGCAAAUCAUAUCAAAAAAAUACAUUUUGUAAAUACACAAUAAUUAAAUUCGUUUGUAUUGUUUUAUAA